CUUCAUCGAACCAUCGAACCAGCGAUCCUUUGAUCCAGACCCGCCAUUACUCUGGCUUCGGUGUGUCUUUUGGAGUGAACCCAGCAAACGGUUCUCGUUACGUCAUUACAGUGCCCCGCAGUCGACCAGAUUCUCCUCUUCAGCGUCCCAGCUUCAAAGCUCGAUUCCUUCGCAUUAUGUCCUCGUCUGCAAAUCCUCUGGCAAACAUGUCUACCUGUGUUCUUGUCACCGGCGCCACUGGCCUUUUGGGCCGCCAGGUCUUUAAUACUUUCAAGCAUUCCGGCUGUCUUGUCGUCGGUCAGGGCUACUCACGAGCUAUCCCACCCACAAUACAGAAGGCCGACUUGGAGAAACCCGGGGCAGUUAAAGCUCUCUUAGAUGAAGCAAAGCCCCAGAUCGUCGUCCACUGUGCCGCAAACCGUUCUCCCGACUUGUGCGACAAGAAUCCCGAGCAAGCGCGCCGAGUCAACGUCGACGCCACCCGCAUCCUCGCCGAGGAAACGUCGCGCCGUAGCAUCCUGCUCAUCUACAUCUCGACCGACUACGUUUUCCCCGGAAUCGAGGGGCAGGCCCCGUAUGAGGCUGACGCGGAGACCAAUCCGCCCAAUUUUUAUGGCCAAUCGAAGCGCGAUGGUGAGCUUGCCGUCCUAGAGGCUACGAAAGAGACUGGUCUUGGAUUGAUUCUCCGCGUGCCCGUGCUCUACGGAGUAGCCAAGGACAACUCGGAGAGCGCCGUCAACUGUUUGGUGGAUGCGAUAUACAAGGCACAAGAUGAGAAUGCGGGAGUCAAGAUGGACGACUGGGCACAGCGGUAUCCGACUAACACGGAGGACGUUGCACGGGUUUGCCGCGACAUUGUGAUCAAAUACAUCAAGGAGCGGCGUCGCAUCCAGGAGCUGCCCAAGGUCCUGCAGUUUUCGUCGGAGGAUCGGAUGACAAAGUACGAAAUCUGUGAGAAGCUGGCCGACGUGCUCGGACUCUCCCUUGUAGGGAUGAUCAGGAACAAGGAAGGAAAUGACCCCAAUUCGUCCGUGCAACGACCUUACGAUACACAUCUGUCCACGAAGGUGUUGAAGGAUCUGGGGAUUGAUGUUCGGACUGUGGACUUCGUAGCAUGGUGGCGCAAGUACUUGGGAGCUUACAGAAAAUAAGUUGUGAGUCGAGGACCAGCGAGCAAGAAGGAAUUUAAAAAAAAAAAAAUUGAGGGAUGCUGGUGCUUGCAGAAAUCCUUAGGAUCGCAUU